AUGGGUACUUAUAGAAAAAGGUUUAAUGAGAAGGCCAGAUCCGGCCAUAUGGCUAAAUUAAAGGAACUGAAAAGAAUUAGGAAUAAGCAGUUCACCAGACAGGAUGAAAACGAUGAAAAGGCGGAAAAGUCAGAGUCAGCUUCGUGUGAAAGUGGUAUGACGGAUUCAAAUGUUAAUGCAGAAAUUCUUGAACCCCUUACUGAAGAAGAAAAGAAGAUGAAGAAAAGAAAACUACAAGAGUUAUUUACACCAAAGGAAUCAAAAGUUUCCAGGUUAAAGAAAAAAAGGCUGGAUAAGUUUAUUGACCACCAAUUGAAAAGAGAGGAAAGAAAGACAAUUAUAGGUAAACUCCAAGAUUAUAAGAUAGAUACGAGUUUGCUGACAAGCUCUAAGAGGCUAGGUGAGGGCAGGCAGACUAAAAAGGAAGAAUUCAAAGAAGCACUGAGUUUGGAACGUCAAGGAAGAGGAAAUGAACAAACAAAGGAAAUAUUAUACGAAGAAUAUGAACCAAAAGUUUGGGAUGAGGACGGUAGAGCGGAAAGCCAUGGGGAUGAGGACGAAGAUGAUUUCGAGGCUACCUUUGGUGCUAUGGUGAAACCGACAGACAAGGAUGAGAGGAAACCUUCUGGUUUUAUUGAUCACAGGCCAGCAAAAUUUGGUGGCUUUGGUCUUGGCUUCGGAUUCAACAAUAUAAAAGUCAUAAAUAAAACAAGCAAAACUCCGAAGAAGAAAUAUAAUUGGAGACAACGUGUAGAAAUGGAAGAACUGAAGAAGCAUGGGAAAGAAGACGAAAUGGAUUUUGACACGACAUCAGAAGAAGAGGAAGAGGAAGAGGAAGAGGAAGAAGAAGAAGAAGAAGAAGAAGAAGAAGAAGAAGAAGAAGACAAAAUUGAGCCUAGUGGAAACACACUCGAAGAAGUCGCAGGUGCAAAUAGUGAAACUGACUUAAAAGAAUCUGACCAGAAAGACGUCGCUAACGAAUUCAAGGACUGGGCCAAUCAGGAAAUUAAAAAAAUGGAAGGUAGAGACCAAGAGCUAGUUACUCCUACUUUGAACAUCGAUUAUAAACCGAUCAUUAGAGAGGAAGAUUUAGAUGAUGGUCUCAACGAAACUUAUAUCCCAAUAAAUGAGAAUUCCACGCGUAAAGCCUUCUAUGUUGAAGUUAACAGAUCAGAUGAAAUUCAAAAAACAAGAAUUCGACUACCAGUGUUUGGUGAGGAACACAGAAUUAUGGAGGCUAUUCAUCAUAACGAUGUGGUAAUUAUUUGUGGUGAAACCGGGUCAGGUAAGACUACACAGGUCCCACAAUUUUUAUAUGAAGCUGGGUUUGGUGCCGAAGACUCCCCCGAUUACCCAGGAAUGGUGGGCAUAACACAACCAAGAAGAGUGGCUGCUGUGUCUAUGGCUGGGCGUGUAGCAAACGAAUUGGGUGACCAUGGCCAUAAAGUGGGAUACCAAAUUAGGUUUGACUCUACUACGAAAGAUGACACAAAGGUCAAGUUUAUGACAGAUGGUGUCUUAUUACGAGAAAUGAUGCACGAUUUUAAGCUGACUAAAUAUUCCUCUAUUAUCAUAGAUGAAGCCCACGAAAGAAACAUCAAUACUGACAUUUUGAUUGGUAUGCUGAGCCGUUGCGUUCGUUUAAGAGCCAAACAGCAUGAGGAGAAUCCAAUCGAACACAAGAAGCUUAAACUUAUUAUUAUGUCAGCUACAUUAAGGGUGUCAGAUUUCAGUGAAAACAAAGCAUUGUUCCCCAUUGCACCCCCUAUCUUACAAGUUGAUGCAAGACAGUUUCCUGUCUCUAUUCACUUUAACCGUAGAACUGCAUUCAAUUAUACAGAAGAGGCUUUCAGAAAGACUUGUAAAAUUCACCGGAAAUUACCUCCUGGUGCUAUAUUGGUGUUUUUAACCGGUCAGCAAGAAAUCACCCAUAUGGUAAAAAGGCUAAGAAAGGAAUUUCCAUUCAAGAAAAAUUCCAAGUACAAUAAAGAAUUGGAAACUCCCAUUUCUAAAAUGGGUAUUAGCUCAAAGACAACGGAUUUGGAGGUUGAGGAUAUAGAUUUUAGUGUCCAAGUUAUCGAUCAAGAUAAGUUCAAGAGCGCGAUAAAAUAUGAAGACGAUGAAGUUAACAACGAAAACGAUGUUGACGAAGAAGAGGAGGAAGAAGAAGGAUUUGAGGAAGUCCUGACUGAAGGGCAAACAGCUAAUGAUCCCUUAUAUGUGCUUCCGCUUUAUUCUCUAUUACCAACCAAGGAACAAAUGAGAGUCUUUCAGCAGCCUCCCCAAGGUUCCAGGUUGUGCAUUGUUGCAACAAAUGUUGCAGAAACAUCGCUAACUAUACCCGGGGUUAGAUAUGUUGUUGAUUCCGGGAGGUCCAAGGAACGUAAAUAUAAUGAAUCAAAUGGCGUACAGAGUUUCGAAGUUGGCUGGGUAAGUAAAGCUAGUGCCAAUCAAAGAAGCGGAAGAGCUGGUCGUACUGGACCGGGCCAUUGUUACCGCUUAUAUUCUUCUGCUGUCUUUGAGCACGAUUUCGAACAAUUCUCUAGACCUGAAAUCUUAAGAAUGCCGGUGGAGAGCAUUGUGUUACAAAUGAAGAGUAUGGCCAUUCAUAAUAUUAUCAAUUUUCCAUUUCCAACCCCUCCAGAUAGAGUGGCUCUUUCCAAGGCAGUGCAAUUACUGCAAUAUUUAGGGGCUCUUGAUAAUAAAGAGAUGAUUACUGAAGAUGGUAAAAAAAUGAGCCUUUUCCCACUUUCACCUAGAUUUUCCAAAAUGUUACUUGUUUCCGAUGAAAAGGCCUGCCUUCCUUAUAUCGUGGCAAUCGUUAGUGCUCUUUCAGUGGGAGAUCCUUUUAUCAAUGAAUUUGAGUUAGGAAUAAACGAAAUUUCCAGAAAACCAAACGCUGAUGAACAAGAAGAUGAUAAGGACAAAGAUCUUGAUGAGUCAACAUCAGGUAUGGACCCUGAACUUAAAAAGGAAUUGCGCAGUAAAUUUUAUAAAAGCAGGGCACAGUUUGGUAAGUUAGACAAGUUCGGUGAUGUAUUUCGCUUAUUAAGCGUUGUAAGUGCAAUGGAUUAUGUUCCAAGGGAACAAAAAGAAAUAUUUAUGAAGAAAAAUUUUUUAAGAGGCAAACUAAUGGAAGAAAUUGUCAAAUUGAGAAAGCAGUUAAUGUAUAUUAUCAAGUCCAACACAUCAAAAGAAAACAUUGCCGUAGUAAUUAGGAGCGAAGAUUUAAAAAGUGACAUUCCAAGCGUAAUACAAAUAAAACUAUUAAAACAAAUGAUUUGCGCCGGUUUUGUCGACCAUGUCGCCAUUAGAGCAGAUGUUUUAUUUCCAGAUGACGCCAAGAUAACCAACAGAACUUCCAUGAUCAAUAUUCCUUAUAUUCCCGUUUUGGCUACGAGAACACCAAAUAUCGAGGACUGCUUUGUCUACAUCCAUCCAACUUCAAUCUUAAAUAACUUGGGGGAAAUGCCACCCAAAUAUAUGCUGUAUUAUUCGUUGCACGUGGGUGGAAGUAACAAAACAAGAAUGAAUACUUUAUGUGAUAUCGCAAGCACUCCCCUAGCAAACAUAGCAAGGAAGGGUCUUCUUUUGACAUACAGUAAACCUUUGACCGGUCAAGGCUUGAAGACCGUUAAUUUAUCGCCUACGGAGCGGUAUUGUUAUGUGGUUCCUAGAUUCGGAUCUAAAGUUGACAAUGAUCUCAAGAUUAGCUGGGAUUUAAAUCCUAUAGCAGUGCAUCAAAGGAAGCAAAAAGGCCAAUGGACAGUCAUUAAGUUUAUUACCAGGAAGGGUUUCCAGGCCAUUACCGGCGAAGAAAAUAAAAAAUGA